AGGCUACCUGCAGAAUCGGUUCAUUACUUCAUUCCAUUUCUUGGUUGCCUUCCUUGCCGAACACAACACCAACGAACAUCAAGGGAAUCAACAGGCAGCAAGGCGACGUCGUUUCCAACUUCACAGGAUUGGGCGGAGGAGGUAUUGUUGUAGAUGGAAGCUUCACGGAGUAACUCGGAAAUUCCGAACCUGAACCCUAGCCCGAGAAGAAACCCGAUUCCGAUUCCGUCUGCAUCGCUGAGGUGGCCCACCAUAGACGGCCCACUGGGUCUGUCAGAGGAAGAGUCAGUGAGCUACGCGCGUAGAUUUUACAAGUUCGGCUUCGCUCUGCUCCCUUGGCUUUGGGCCCUCAACUGCUUCUACUUCUGGCCCGUCCUCCGCCACUCCCGCUCCUUCCCUCGCAUUCACCACUAUGUUUUAAGAUCAGCAGUUGGAUUCACGGUAUUUACUGCUCUUCUCUUGUCAUGGGCACUUACAUUUGCUAUUGGAGGGGAGCACCUUUUCGGCCAUGUUUGGGAUCAACUCGUUAUGUACAAUCUCGCUGACAGACUUGGCUUGACGGGUUGGAGCUAAGUCUAUGCCUUCUCUUUCGAACUUCACCAUUACGAAACACUUCCUCUGUGUCUACUCUUUUUUCUUCGUCAAACAUUUGCAUUAGGUUAACAGAGGACAGGCUGUUUGAUUGUUAAAACAAUAAGUGACGUUAUAUAUUGGAAGCACUUGUUAAAUGUUA